GGUUGCAUGACAUCUGAUGAGGCUCUCCGGUAAAUGCACGGGCCCCGAUGCGCCUUGUCGCUGAGAAAUCCACUUUAUUUCUCAGCAUGUGAGGUGUUUGAUUGGCUGGCAUUUGACGAAGGUGUCAUAGGACAAUGAUGUCCGAUGGAUUGCAACAUGCGCAAGGCGUGUCGAAUAAAAUUUUGUCGCAAACUGAGGUGUAAUGGCGUGUGACUGACGAUACUUGGCGGGUGUCAUGGUUUUUGAACGCGCUGGUAUAAGAGAGGAUGGGUCGCUGGUUUGAAGGAGCAUCAGCCAACAAGCAUAACUUCACAGCAUCGACUUGGAUCUACUACUUCGAAUCAAUCCGAUCACGACUUCUACUCUCGACUAUCAAAUAAAGUCGACAGACCAAUCCACCAACCCAUCACAAUGUCUUCCACCGCAAACACCCAGAAGAGGCAGAGCGUCCUCUCCUCCUUCGUCGCCCAAGCAAAGGCACACCACGAGGGCAUGAACCAGGCCUACUCCGCCUACUACGGCUCCGCCACCUCUUCACCUGUCGCUUCCGCCCCCGCAUCCCUGGAGACAUCCCGCAACAACUCGGUCGUCGCCGGUAUGGUUGACGCUCCUAGGGGCAAGACCAACGCCAACAAGCUGUGGACCGCCAUCAAGACCCACCACGAUGAGAUGAACGCCGCGUACACCGCCUUCUACUCGCCCGGCAGCUCCCGCGCAGCCUCUCCUCGCGGCUCUGUUUCCUCCACUCCCCGCGUCUCGACUGAGGAGCCCCGCAACGAGGAGGCCGCCAAGCAGCCCACCAACCUGUCCAAGCACUGGAAGCAGCUCAAGACUAAGGUCGUCGAGCACCACCGGGGCGUCAACGCAGCCUACCGUGCUGCCUAUGGAGCUGGCUACUAAGAAGCCGAGUGAACUGAAAUGAGAAGAAAAGUGCUACUUUACUGCGAGCGUUGGAUUUGUACUACGGUUCUGCGAUAUACCAUUUGACUUUGUCUGGCAUGGCCGCAUGGGAACAAGGCGUUGUGACAGGAAAAGCAUGGAGAAGGAAUACCCAACACCACUUAAUAAUAUAAUUCGAGAUACUAUCAAGCAUACUUUGCAUCACGACUCUACUGCCAAACUUUGGGUGUCUUGAGUCUUACCUUAUGAAGACACGCCUUAGGAUUCACUCAAUCGAUCUUGAUCGACAUACCCCUGCGCUAGUGUGUCUUUGGUCUGAGGCCUUGACCAGUGGUUGUCCUUGUGCUUAGAGCUCGAUGGUCUCCUGCUGCUUGCCCAUAUAGCUCAAAGGAC